CCCAAUUCUGCGGCCCAAGAAGGCCAUGAAUGCCCAUCAGGAAGAAGAGCCGAUCAGCUACGACAUCAACAUUCCUUACGUCGACGUCACCAAAGAAGUGCAUCUCCGCACCAGAUACCCUGAGUACCUUCCCACAUGGGACAAAGUGUGGUUUGACCCACUUCCUCCAUUUGAGUACCAGGAUCCUGCCCUGCGCGUAAAAGACAAGAGCAAGCCCAACCUUCUGACUCCGAACACGAAAGUGACGGAGAUUCAGCCGCGGAUCGGAAGCAUCUUGGAGGGGGUCCAGUUGAGCCAGCUCUCGGAUGCGGCUAUGGAUGAAUUAGCGCUGCUGAUUGCAGAGCGCAAGGUCGUUGCUUUCCCCGAUCAGGAUCUGAUCGAUGCUGGACCGGAGGAACAGGAGGCAUUUAUGCGACACUUUGGCAAGCCUAACUACCAGCCGGUCUCUGGCUCCAUGCGCGGCCACCCUGGAUUUCACAUUAUUCAUCGUGAUGGAAACCGUGAGGAGAUUACACGCUUCUUGGAGCAGCGUACAACAACCACACUCUGGCACCAAGAUGUGAGCUACGAGAUUCAACCCCCCAGCUAUGUCAUGCUAGGACUGCUGGAGGGUCCCGAGGUGGGCGGUGACACCGUCUUCUCGGCUACUGAUAUGGCGUACAAGCGUCUUUCUCCCACCUUCACCUCAUGGCUGGAUACACUGCGGGCAGUCCACUCCUCCGCCAAGAUGAUCAGCCACGCUCGCAUGACUGGUAGUUUGGUGCGCAAGGACGCUGUCGACACCGUCCACCCGCUUGUGCGCGUUCACCCGGUAACAGGCGAGAAAUGCCUUUUCGUCAAUGGGGAGUUCAUCACGAAGAUUCAGGGCCUAAAGGAGCCUGAGCAGAAGUGGUUGCUCGACUUUCUCAUGCAACAUAUCAUCACCGGACACGACUUCCAGGCCCGAGUCCGAUGGCAACCCAGGACAAUUGUCCUCUUCGACAACCGCAGCACCACUCACUCUGCCAUUGUCGACUACCUCGAUGACGACAACGGUGCUAAGCUCCGCCACAUCUUCCGUCUGUGUGCCUUGGGCGAGAAGCCCAUCCCUGUGUACGACCAAUUCGAGUAGAAUGGUUCUCGACCCCUCCAAUCAUUCUCUCCUUAUGAUAUACGCAUGUCUUUUCCGCAACGACGGCAGAUCUCUGGCGCGACCGGGUCAUAUCAGAAGUGAGAGAUAGCCUACCUUCGGGGAGUACUUCCACAACCGCCCCUUAUUCGUCUUGCGCUGCGAUUCGCUUUCGCCAGUUCUCCACAUCUGACUCCCAUUUCUAAUCAUUAUACCCUUUCUUCUGGGUCUUAUCUCAAGGAGUUAUUUCUGUUCUUUUCCCCUCUUUUUACUACUUCUAAUAUUUAUUUUGAUCCUCGAUUCGGCUCUUCAAA